UGUCAAUCAAAGCCUAUUGUUCGUUGUGUACUGUCAUACGAUGUCGUGACUUUUGUAGCUGUUCAGAGCUCAUUUUUUUUAAAGUCUAAUUAUUCAUUGUUUUCAAAGUUGAAAAAGAGAAGAAGGAAAAAGAAACGAUGAAGCUAUUCAUUUGGGACGAUCUCAAUUAUCGAGUAAUUGAAGAAGGUGAAAAAUACGACGAUAAGACCUUCACCGUCGUUCGAAAAUUGUUUGUGCGAUACAAUGUGAGCACAGUGGAUGCAAUGGAGGAAAUUCGUGGUGCAUUCGAACACUUUGGCGAAGUGGACAGUGUGGAAAUAGUGAAGCCAGAGUCAUCGUUGCACAUCGGUGGCCACGGCAACAAAGCGGCAGUAGCACACGAGGCUUAUGUGCAGUUCAAAAAAAGCAUCGACGCAUACGAGACGCUCAAGAGUGAAAUGUUUCCGAAAAAACCUCACACAUUUGGUACCAGCCGACACUUGGCAUCAGCCGGAGUACACAAACAAGAGCGAGACGCGAAAGGCCUACAUCGAAUGCAAUCACAAAUGCGACAAGCCGAUUGCCGACAUGACCUGUGCCAUAGAUGAGUUGUCAUUGCGCGGUACGGAGGUAAUGUGUGAGCACACAGUAAUUGAUGUUGAUUUGGAGUUGAAAGCGGGCACCACACUGGGCAAAGUGCGCCGAGAUUUGCUGAACAUCAAACCAUUCGUUGGUCAUUUGAAACUGCGUAUGUGUUAUGGAUUCAAAACUGCGGCCGACGAGGAUGGUGUAGGCAAAGGUGAUUUUCAGCGUCGACUCAUGGAAAUCGUUGGUAUGAAUGCGGCUGGACCGAAACUGCAAGAGCUAACAAUCCGUGGAAUUGGUGGAGUUUCAAAGGCGUUGCUCAACAGUUUGGCACCUACAUUGAAGCCACUGAAAACCCUGACCAUUGACACAGACUGUUGCCACAUUCUGUAUUUGAUGCACACAUUCUGUCCGAAUUUGGUGACAUUCCAUUUGCUGGGUAGAGAAUGGCAAGAAGACGCUGAGAAUAUCAACAUUCAAUCGUGGCCAACGCUCACCCGCCUGGUGCUCAAAGGUGUUCCUUUGAAUGUGGACAGUGACACUGACGAUGGCAAACGAUUCCGUCGCUUCAUCAAACUGAAUCCACAGCUCGACUCAUUGGAGGUGGAUUUUAUGGUUGACAACUCAUUGCUCAAGGUGAUUGCGAAAGGUUUGCGAGAUCUCAAGCUACUGACCAUCGGUCGUGAUACCUUCGAGGGCAUUGGCGCAAUCUUCAAUCACUUGGUGCGAUUGAAACGUUUGCAGACAAUCAUGGUCACGACAUGGAUCUUCAAAACAUGCCAUUUCAAGUCACUUCUUGCCUGCGUUGAAUGCUUCAGCAAAAUGAAACGAUUGGAACUGUCAACGCUGCAGCAGACAUAUUCGCGGGAAGAGAAAAAAGUGGUCGUUAUUGAAGACUUCCCUGUGACGUAUCAUUCCAAUUGCAACUGCCAUGGUCAGGACAGCCGAGUUCUCACGUUUGGCGAUCACACUGAUCCCAUCACUUUGCCGAAGAACAAACGCACAUUGACCAUUCUAAUUUCUGUGGCAGGUGACUUGAAAUCGGCCGACGACACAUUGGAAGCACGCAUUUUCACCAUGUUCAAAGCAGCAAAGAAGUUCUAUCCGAACGUGCACAAAUCAACUGUCAUUCAAGAGGAUGAGCGAUUCGUGUUUCUUCAUGUCGCCAGCACACUUUGAAUCACACCGAUUGCUGAUUCCAUUAUAAAACCGCAAAUCAGAAGUGAUUCAAUCAGAAAUAAAACUACCAUCCACAAUUCAGUUCUAUUUAAGUUUAGACUAAUGUUAGACUCGAAUAAUCGAAAAAUAGAUUUGCCAUAAAACCUUAUUAAAAAAUACUUUUUUUCAGUAAGGAUAAAGAAACAUCCAAAUUCGAAUUCAACUCCAAUUUCAUGACCUUGCUACAAUUGUAACAACACCUUCUUCAGAUUCUUCCUUAAUGAUAAGCUCUUGCUUGAUUUCACUCUUUGCAAGAAAUUCGAUGAGCAAUUUGUUAAAUAUGAAUCGAAUUUUAUGUGAUGUAGACAAAUUGAAGGAGUUUUUUUUGAAAGCUUCGAUCGAUUAAUCACUCAAAAAUUCGUUUAUCAUUCGUCUUGGAAAUAGAUUCCAAAAACUACAAAAACAUUUUUUGAAUACAACUUUCGAUCGAUUGUCAUUUUUCUUCAGAAAGAUCUAUGAAAACUCAAUCGAAGACAGAAUGGAAGAGAAAAUAUUGUGAACUGACAUUGAAGAACCAAAGACAAAUCAUGUCAGAAUAAAAAAAAAUCUUUUGUAAGAAAAAA